AAACUUAAGAAAAAAUGAUGAAAUUUUAACGAGGUUAUGUUUUGAUUAAGAAAAUUUAUUGGAUUGGAUUGGAAUUGAAAAGUGUGGAACUGUGUACUGUGCUUGAAAAAGUAUGAGUUGUCAGCGUGGAAAUGAAAAACGUGAACGACCACAAAAACAUAAGAAUCAAACUGGAUUCAAAAAUAAUUUACAUGACACGAGUCACAAACAAAAAUUAAUAAAUACGUUAACGUUUAACGAUACUUGUGAUCGCUGUUCUCAAAUAUUACAAUGGAAAGUUCAAUAUAAAAAGUAUAAACCGUUAACACAUCCAAAAAAAUGUUCGAGGUGCCAAAUGCCAACAGUAAAAUUAGCGUAUAGGAUAAUGUGUCCAGGAUGUGCAGAAAAAGAGAACAUAUGCCCAAAAUGUUGUAAACCAAUGGGCUUAGAUUUUACACCGAAUGUGGUGACUGUACAAACGGUAGCCGAUUUAGGACCGGAUUUAUUAAAAAAAUUACGUGCAUUACCGGAACGUCGUCGACGUAAAUUCGAACGAAUGAUAUUAAAAGGUAAAACACCAAGUGAAGCGAUAAAUGUGGCUGGUGGAUCCGAGUAUUCUGGUGUACCGCAAACUAAUUAUUGGACUCAAGAGGAACUCGUUUUACAAUUGGAUGCUUUGUCGAUAGGUAUCAAUAAGGAUGAUUUCGAUGAUUUGGAUUUCAAAUCAUCUGAUGAGGAGCCUGAUGAAGAUGAUUUGGAUUAAUAACGAAAACAACUCGACUACCUACUUAAAAAGAAGUACAAAAAUUCUAAAUCAACUUUCAGGGACUUUUUGUUUGGACGAUAAUAAUGUUAUGUUGGUUGAAGUGGAUUUAUGAACUCAUAUUCAGGUCCGGGGGUGAGGGGCCUCCACUAAGGAUCUCUUAUUUAUCAGAUAAUUAUUAUAUUUUUUUAAAUUACGAUCUCAAUAUCUUACAUUCUUAGAAAUCGGAUCAUCCAAGAUCAACCAUUUGACUUGUGAGAGUUCUAUGAUAUUAGAUCCCAUUACUAAAAUUGGACCAUGAGUCAGCAAAUUGUUCCAGAAUUAAUGCAAAAAUAACUAAUAAUAAACUGUUCCUUUUCCCCUUUUAUACCCUGUAUAUAUGAAAUAUAUAUCAAGGUAUGUUAAGUUUAA